CUUUGCGAGAGCACUCCGGCCAUCGGCACUUCUGCGCAUGAGCCGCCACAUCCUGAGUCCAAGAGCCACAGGGCGAUACAUCGCGCUACCAAACGCACAUGAAGAUGAUACCCCGCGUCAGGAUGCGGCGCUUGUUGCUGCAUCUGACACACCUGGGACGUCCACUCUGCGUCGUCGCAACUCGAGCGAUGGGGGUGCUGCACCAACGUCCCCGAAGUCUCCGACCAAAUCCUCUGCCCCACAACCAACAACCGUAGCCGAAAGUGCGGGGGAUGAAGAUGAUGUGAAACACUCGUCGAGCGAUGAUCAGGCUGCCGCUUCUUGUUGUUCGACCGAAUCUACCGCGGCGCCAUUGCACCCGUUAGAAGACCCUGACGGCAAUCUCCACAUUCGCAUCUUGGACUUGAAUGGCAAGGUGUUUCCCGUGUCUGGUUCACCCGACUGGUCCGUCAAUCAACUACAUGUCGUCGUCGAGGCCAAAAGCGGCGUGGAAUCAUCGCGACAACGGCUCAUCUACCGAGGCCGAGUGCUCGAUGGCAGCACGACGUUGGGAGACUCGAAGGUUGAAGACGGUCACACGAUUCACUUGUUCGUGCGACAAAUACCGACUGUAGCCGACUCUGCGCCUGCUGUGUUUUCCAGCGAUGACGACUCGUCUACGACUGCGGCGGCCCUUCGUCGCAUGAGGGAACUCGAAGACCACCACCGCAUGAUCCAUUUCCACGCAGGCCCAAAUGAUCCGAUUCGAAGCGCUGUGUUUCCAUCCGAGAGCGCUCGCCGCAUCGAUCCAAUUCUCCAAGACACGCCACUCGGGAUGGCCGCCCGCCGCGUCAAGCUCUGGGCAUCGUUUGUUCUGAUCAUCCACACGAUGAAAUUGCUCGGGCAGUGCGCGUUCCUCGCCAACUUUGCCGCUCAGAAUGCUGCCGGCAUGAACGACCGGAUGAAGAAAGAGCUCGAGUUCACGCCGCUGUACGACGAGUCGUCCGUCGCGACGACCGGAAAGCUGCUGGGGUACGCAUUUGGGGUGUACGUGGGUUGCGUGGGUUUCAAGGCUGCCCACGACACGGACCUCAGGCCGGCUCGGCAGUACAUUGUCGGGAUGAUGGCACUGGGCGUGCUCACCAUGGUGGAGCAAAUCUACGAGAUUAUGCGGUUCUCUGCGUGGGACCCGGAGGAGUACCGAAAGGCCCGAAGCCGCACGUACGCGGCGCAGAGCCAGCCAAGUUUGGAUGAAAUGGUCCGGAGUUACAUUGUUCAGACGUUCUUGCUUGCGCUAAUGUUCGUAUGGGCUGUCAAGCACGCGCAGAGCCAUCGAGACGAGCUAGCCGUGUACAACGAAACCCUUGUUGCCGCCGCGAUGAGUGCAGUUCCGCUGCCUCCCCUGGAUGCCAUCGAACGAAGUCAUCAAGCGACAGCACCACCGGCCACCCAGCCGACGAACCCGCCUUCCGUCGACGCCUUGCCACCCCACCAUGUCGUGUGAGAUAAGAUAGAAGAGAUAGACCUUAACCUAACAUCGCGCCCCCAUCCCGAACGAGGCCGGGACGUCCAGCG